AUGAAUCCUGACGAAGGUCACAGUUGGGAUAAUUUAACGGCGGACAUUGUCGAGCGUGUUGUUAGCUUCCUGGAUCCAAACGAGGUUGUAUGUACCGUCAAGGAAAUCAAUAAGGCCAUGACGAGCCAGUUUCGGGAAAAAGUAGCUAUCCGGCUGUCGCAGCCCGUACCCCAUCACGCGUUCAAUAGGCACUGGAGCCGCCCGGAGGCAGUUCACAACUUCGUACGAAGUAAACGCCGAGAGCUUCUACUCCUGACGGCCCGCAGCGGCAGCCUGGCCAACCUGCAGGUCGCCGUCAAGGCAGCGGGCUGCGAGCUCUCCUCGGAGGUCUUCAAGGCAGCAGCCGAGGGCGGCAAUAUUGAGAUGUGCCAGUGGCUGCAGGGAGAAGACUGCUUCUUCCUUUCUGAGAAUGCGGCAGCAGCAGCUGCCCGAAGUGGCCAUCUGGAAACGGUCCGGUGGCUACUGCAACAGUUGCGUGAUUUUCGAGAGCUACAGAAUGCUGGUUCCCAUGCAUUUAUGGCAGCCGCCUAUGCCGGUCAUCAGACUGUGUGUGAGGGGCUCCUGGAGGACGGUACUCCGUUGAAAUACUGGACGGGUCUUCCUGGUGCCGCCCGUGGUGGCCAUGUGGGCCUCACACACUGGCUCCUUCAGCGAUUUGAGCUAGAAUAUGGGUCAGUGUCGAGAGUCCUAUGGUCGUUGAUGCCCGAUGUUGUCAAGGAAGCUUCACAUGGCUUCGACCUGGCGGCAUUGCAGGAUCUACACCAGACCUUCCUGAGGUAUGGCGGUGAUAGUGGCAACUAUGCCAGCAGGCUGCUAACCGGCUACACCCUUGCGGAGGCCCUGGUGAGCCCCACCCCCGACUGGCGGGCCAAGGUGGAGUGGCUGCAGGCUCAAGGCUGCCGCCUCGAUGGCAAGCAGUACAUCAAAUGGGAGGCCAUUGCCAGCCUUCCGGAUGCUGUGGAGCGGACACAGCGGCUGCUUGUGGAAGUAGAGCUAGAGGCUGUCGUAGAAUGUAUCUUCAUCAGCGCCGUGCAUGUUGAUAACCUGCCCCUGAUACACUACUUGCGAGUGGGGAGGGACUGGCUUCCAGAACGCACGAAGGAGGCUGUGGUAACAGCAGCCCGUGCCGGCAACAUGGCGCUGCUGGUCGAGCUGGUGACCUUGGGCUGGCUUCUUGAUGGGUGGACUGUGCUGGCCGCAGUUGAGGGAGGUCACCUGCACAUUCUUAAAUGGAUGGAUGCAGGUGUUGUUCGGAAGCACAUGCAGGAGCUCAUGCAGCAGCACCAGGCUGUGUUGAGUUAUGCAACAUCGUUUGGUAGUGUGGAGGUCGUGGAAUGGCUGCUAAAUGAGGUAGACUUGCCCUGGAGUGGAGAGAAGCUUCUUAAUGCAGCGGUGAGGGCAGGCAGUCCAGCAGUAUUGGAGUGGCUUGUGGCCCGGGGCGUCCCCAUGGGGGAUGAUGGUGAGCUUUACAUAACGGCAGCACACUGUCACGACCUGGUCAUUCUGUAUUGCCUGAGGCAGCUUGGCUGCCCCUGGGGCCCCGGCAUCUUCAGCCGAGCGGUGUACAGCAGGCGCCAUGGCAGUACCGUAAAGGUCCUUCAGUGGCUGCAUGCCGAGGGCUGCCCGGUGGACUGGGAGAAGGCCAGGAGCCGGGCCAAGAACCGAAAAAAAUUUUGUUGGGAUGAAAACGCUGAUGCUGUUCAUGCCUACAUUCAGAGCAUAGGGCCGAGGUAGCUGUUUGGACAAGCCAGGCUGGAUUGUUAACAUGUACAAGGUCUCG